GUCGGAAGUUUAACAUUGAUGGACCGGCAACUCGUCGUCCAGUCGAUUUUAAAGAAUUCUUAUCAAAUGAUGACAAGAAGAUACAGCUUUGUAACCUCUUACUGCGCGUAUGGGGUAGUCAAACGGCAGCAUCCAGACUUGAGAGGUGUGGAACAGCAAUAGUAGUCGUUAGUGGCAGGGCAUACAAAUUGCAAACAACUAACAAUGAGGUGAAGACAGAGGAAAUUCACAGCUUGGCUUCAAAUCAAGAGGAAACAGAUACCAGAGUGGUCCUGUAUAUGCACUAUGGUGCAAAGCUCGGAUACAAGUCUGCCACAGUUCGAACUCCUGAUUCUGACAUAUUUUUUAUAAGUCUCCACCAUGCAACAUCUGUGCCGCUGACAAUCUUUCUUGAUGUUGGUACAGGGAAACAGAGAAAGGUGCUGAACAUCAGUGAACUAUCAGAAGCUCUAGGUGUCAACUAUUGCGCAGCCCUCUUAGGUCUUCACGUUUUCACUGGAGAAGAUGUGACAAGUGCAUUUAAGGGCAAGGGAAAGAUAAUACCACUCAGAAAGUUACAAAGUUAUCCAAAAUAUCUAGAAACAUUCAGGACGUUGGGAGAUGCAUGGGUAAUGGCGGAUGAAGUGAUACAAAUGCUUGAAGCAUUUGUUUGUUUGAUAUAUGGAUUCCCAAGGGAAAAAUCUGUAAACACAUGCCGAGCACUUCUUCUAAAGAAAAUGGUUGGAGAAGACGAAGUUUUGACUGUUAAGUCUAAAGUUGACCUUUCAAGGUUACCACCUUGCCAGGACAACCUAUGUCAGCAUGUCUUCAGGACAAACUAUCGUCUUGCCAUAUUGAAGAAGGCCAACAACUCCACAAUCGAGUGUCCAGAACCAUUUGACGAUAAUCAAGGAUGGAUUGUAAAGAACAAUGUGUUGGAGCCAUUAUGGGCCAAGGGUCCAAUUCUGCCUUCAAGUUUAAUUGACAUUCUGGGCCAUGUGAACACAGAAUUUGAUGAGAAAGAAGAAGAUGAGGAAGAUGUUGACUUCCUAGAACUGGAAAUGAUACUGUCAGAUGAGGAGUAA